UAACUGUGUUUCAUCAUGCGGAGGUUGUCUUGGAAUUUAUACAUUCAUUUCAUGUCUGUCUUUAUACUGUACCCCAAAUCUCUCUUGACACCCGCAUGUAACCCCAUGAACACACAAGGAAAUGAAUCAUUUUGAAGAACUGUGGGACCAGUCAGACUGGAUUGGUGCUCUGCAGGGACGGUUCGCAGGAGAUGGCGAAUCAGCUGGACCAUCUAACUGAAGAAUAGUGAAAGAGGAGCCCGCCAAAAUGCUGACAAGCUUCUGCGGAACAUGGGAUAUGAUCAGCAAUGUCAACUUUGAGGGCUACAUGGUGGCACUGGGCGUGAGCCCGCCCCUGAGGAGGAUCGCUCUUAAACUGAAGCUGAGGAAGGUGAUCGAGCAGAAGGGAGACCAGUACAUCAUCAAGACCACCAGCACCUUCAGGAACUACACGGUCUCCUUCAGAGUGGGGCAAGACUUUGCAGAGUUCACACAGGGACUGGACAACAGACACGUGAAGUCGCUGGUGACAUGGGAUGGAGACAAGCUAGUAUGUGCUCAGACUGGCGAGAAGAGGAGCAGGGGCUGGAUUCACUGGAUCGAAGAGGACAAACUCUAUCUGGAGCUUCAUUGUGAAGGAGAAGUGUGUCAGCAAGUGUUCAAGAAAAAUGUGAACGAAUGAGGGGUGGAUCCAAAAUAACUGUGAUGGAAAGAAGCUGCUCAACUGGGUUGAAUAGUGCGUUGUUUCAGCGCUAGGUGUCAGCAGAGCACCGCUUUUCUGGUCUCGACAGCUGGGCUUGAACGAUGACUAGUAUUUUGCUGUACAUUUUUUUUUGCGAAACUCUGUUAUGUGGAUGUGAACUGAUCACAUUUUCAUUUGUUUAACUGUGUUAUUUGCACCAGAUGCUCUUGCUCUUCAACUUAGAGCUACUUAUUUAAGUUACAUCAAUAAAAUGUUGACUUCGCAAAGUCUUGUGCGAUCAAGUUCCGACCAGUCUCGGCUCUGACACUUUUAUUGGAUGCGACAGUGUAUUUAGAAUUCAGAAUUGUUCUUCCAAAUUGAAUAUUUCUGACGCAGAUCAAAGAUGAUGAAGAGAUAAACAGAAGUCUUGGCUCCUCCCAUUUCGUCACGUGACAUGA